AUGGAUACUAAAGAGGAAGAAAUGAAGAUUACAGUUUAUAAUGCAACAUUAGACCAAAUGAUUAAUGGUAUUAAUUUGAGAUUUAGCCAGGAAACUUUGAAUAUGAUAAAGAGUAUUUCCAAUGUACUAGAAUUAAAUGUUGACGACAACGAUAUCACCAUUUUAACUGCUUCCUUUAGUUUGGAAGCAGAAAUGUUAAAAAGUGAAAUAAGUCUACUUAAACACACAGAUAAUGUACCCAAAAAUAAUAUAAAAAAUUGUGACACGUGGAUAAAAUGGUUAACAGAGUUUGGCAGUGGAAGGGAAACUAUAUUCAAUAAUAUAUUAAAAAUGCUAAAAAUAUUUGUUACUAUUCCUGUGACUAGUUGUUCUUGUGAAAGGGCAUUCUCAAAAUUAAGCUUAAUUAAAACAAAAUUACGUAGUACCAUGCAUCAAGAUCGACUAGAUGGACUACUCACCAUGUCAAUUGAACAGGAAUUAGCCUAUAAUAUUAACAUUGACGAAGUAAUAGAACAAUUUAAAAUAUUAAUUCCUUCUGAAAGAAGAAUGGUACUCUAA